AUGAAGCCCAAACCCACCCCCCCAAGCGGCAGCAGCAGCCCCCGAAAGCGUCUCUCACCCCCAACCUCGAGCAUCCCCUCCCCCAGCACUCAACGGCCCACAUUCACCGCGCCGUCAUCGCCGAGGCGCCGCAGCUCUGCUGGUGGGCAGAUCUCGCGCUCCAUCUCUGCCUGCAACCGCUGUCGGUCGCGAAAGACGAAGUGCGACCAGCUGUUUCCGUCCUGUACAUCAUGCGCCAAAGCCGGUGUCGAGUGUGUGGGUAUUGACGCAGCGACGGGGCGGGAGGUCCCGAGGAGCUAUGUGGAUUGGUUAGAGAAGAGGGUCAAGUUCCUAGAGGGGGAGCUGGGCCUGGUGGACGGUGGGGGCGGGAUGGGGAUGGGGGCUGGGACGGGCAUGGGGGCGGGUGUGGGACUGGGAAAGAGGAAGCUGAGCGCAGAGGGGGACGGCGGCGAGGUGGAGAGGAGGAGGAGGAGCGAGAGCGGGAGGGGGACGGGUACGGGGAGUGCGAGGGGGAGCGUGGUGGAGGGGAACAUGAUGAUGCAGACGGGGGCAGCGACGGAGGACAAGGCGCUACACCUGAGGCCGGACAUUGAGAAUCUGGUGAGCCAGGUCGGGCUGGUGAGUGUUCAGGGGACGAGCUCGCCGGGCUUUGUGGGGGGCAGCUCUGGAAUCUCCUUUGCCCGCCUUAUGUUUGCCGCCGUCAAGUUGAACAACCGCGGAGAUAACAAUCCGCCGUCGCAGCCGUCAAACAGCGCAACAUCGUCCAUCAAGUCCGCACCUUCAACGUCGCCCAACGCCACCACCGAGAGCACAACCACCGCCGCCGACUCCGCAACCCCAAACCCCCGCCAGCGCGUUAACCCAGAGCCUUUCCCCCCUCGCCACAUCGGAGAGCAGUAUAUUGACAUCUACUUCAAUCUAGCGAACCCGCAGACUCCGAUUCUACACCGCCCGAGCUUUACACUCACUUUCCAGCGUGCCUAUGCAUACAUUGAGCAGCGCGGAGGUGGUAGCGUUGGUCUGGAUCCCCACCACCAUAGUGACCCCGCGGAGAGGGAGAAUGAGCACCAUGCGGACCUCUAUUCCCUAUUCAUGGUCUAUGCUAUUGCGGCUGCAAUGAACAGCAGGAAUGACAACCUCCCGGAGCGGUAUCACGCCUCAGCGAUAGUGCAUCUAGACGCGCUCUUCAACUCAAUCUCGUACACCAAUAACCGCCUUGAAGGUCUCAAAGGAACCCUCCUGCUGGCACUGUACUCUAUCAUGCGGCCGGCUGCGCCCGGGGUCUGGUAUGUGCUGGGCACCGCCCUGCGACUGGCGAUUGAUCUCGGUCUGCACCAGGAGAACACACCGCGCGCAGAGAGGACCUGGGACCCGCUCACGAUCGACGAACGCCGGCGUCUUUGGUGGUCAACAUAUGCGCUUGACCGCCAGUUGGGGCUCUAUCUGGGACGGCCGUUCGGUGUGGCUGAUGAUGCGAUCCGGACUCCGCUGCCGGUGGAGGAGCUGGAGGGUUGGUUAGAUCAGGGCGAGGGAGUCCCAGCAAAGGUCAAUGGCAAGCGGAGCUGCAGGACGAUCUUCAUCCAUGUCUUCAGAAUCCGACAGAUCCAGUCGGAGAUACAGCAGGUGCUGUACCAGAGUAGCUCUUCGCUGCCACGACGGUUUGCAAAUGUCGACGAGUGGCGCAAGGACGUCGAGGACCGGCUGCGGGAGUGGUGCGUGACGGUUCCAAAGACGAACGAGGACACAAACUGUGGGUACAAUCUCGGUUUCAUAGAGCUGAACUACGAGCAGACCAGGCUUCUCCUGUACGGGUUAUGUCCGACGGUCCCGCACCCAAGUGUCUCCGCCUUCGAGACCAUCUUCGAGAGCGGCGAGAAGAUCAUCCGUCUGUAUAGCCGCCUCCUGGGCGAGAACUGUAUCAACUACACCUGGCUGGCCUGCCAUAACCUCUUCAUGGCGGGAACAUCAUAUCUCUGCGCCAUCUGGCACUGCGCCGAAGUCCGCCGCCAGACAACGAUCGACCGGAUCGAGCACCACGCACAGGCUACUGUCAAUAUUCUAUCAUCAAUGAUUAGUCGGUGCCCCGCCGCCCAGGGCUGCCGCGACGUCUUCGAGUCCCUCGCAAAAGCCACAAUCGACCUCUACAGAACAGAGCUCGCGCGUGAGCGUGAGUCCAGCAAGAGGGUCAAGACCGAGGCAAGCAGCUGGACGCCGCCAUACGCCCCGCCACAGAGCCUGCCGGCGAGCCUGGCAAAUAUCGUGCAUGCACACGAGCCAUACCCGGUGCCGCAGCAGCAGCAGCAACAUAUGCCGCCAUUACUGCAAGGAUAUGAGAUGAUGCCACCGCCGGCGCCGCUACAGGGCGACCAGCAGCAGCAGCAACAGGGAAUGUUUAUGCCCCAGGAGAUGAUCGCCGAGUGCAUGAAUAUGGAUGGGCUGAGGGUUUUUGAGAUGAUGCAGCAGAUUGGGGGUAGCGGCGAGUGGGAUGGAGGUGCGUGGGCAGGGGGCGGGUAUGGGAGUGUUGGGGACGCGGGGCUGUUUGUGAGUGGGUGGUCGUGGUUAUGA